CAAACUCAUAAUUCUGAACUGAGACUAGUUCGGACAGAUGAAUAAGAAAAUAAUUCUUCGUCUUUUGUCAGAAAAAAACUUUUUUUUAUCAAUGGAUACAUUCGGCGUAACUGCAUGUAAAAUAUAGAUAAGGGGCCAAAACGAAAGUGUCAUUAUAUUUUUUCGAGGGAGCUGCACUAUCCAUCUAGUAGUGGAGGCUUACAUGAUAUAUUGUAAUUUUUAAUGGAUUUGAAGACUAGUCUAAAUUUUUUCGGAGAAAAUAAAAUUUCAUUUUUAUUUGAAAGGCACUGCGAUUAGUAAUUAGCAAUGUGCGCAAUUUCUUUUGGUUCAAAAAUGAAGUACGGCCAUGACGGUGAACAAAGUUUUUAUGAAUGUCGAUAUCAUCACAAGGUUCAGUGCUUUAAUAUUCGUCGCCGGUAUUGCCUUUUGUUCGUGCGAGUUGUUUCCUCCGUCUUUCGAGGAAUACGUGAAACCCAUCCGAUCGGAUCCGCUGUUCGUUAAUAAUGUCGUGCCUCCGGGACUGAAUUUGACCGAUAGCUCAACUAAUUAUGGGCCAUUUCGCAGCUACUUGAAAUUGACAGUGCCCAAAUUAAUCGAGUACCACGGAUACAAAGCUGAAAUUCAUCAUGUCACGACCAAGGAUGGCUACAUUCUGGAAAUCCACAGAAUAUGUGGCAAUCAGAAAUUUAAUUCUAGUCAAAAGAACAAGCCGGUGGUCUACCUUCAACACGGCAUAUUGACCUCGUCGAUGGAGUGGGUCUUAUCUGGACCUGGAAAAGGACUUGGAUUUCUCCUUGCCGACGCAGGCUAUGACGUCUGGAUGGGGAAUAGUCGAGGAAAUACUUACUCCCGGAAUCACAAGAGUUUGUCCCCGAAUUAUAGCGAUUUUUGGAAAUUCGAUUGGCACGAAAUGGGAAUGUACGACUUACCGGCGUCGAUCGAUUACAUUUUGAGCCAAACUAAACGAAAAAAGCUCAUUUACGUAGGUUUCAGUCAAGGCACCACUUCGUACUUCGUGAUGACCAGUAGCCGGCCAGAGUAUAACGACAAAAUCGAGGCGAUGUUUGCCCUCGCGCCGGUCGCUUACUGCUCACACAUGUAUAGCCCGAUUCUGAAGUAUCUCGCCGAUUAUGAAUUUUUCUUGAAACCACUAAUUUACCUGUUUCUGGGUUUCAAAGGUGAAUUCCAACCGAGUAAUGACUUUUUCCGGUUAUUUGGUUCGCUGCUCUGCCACGGCGCAUCAAUCUUUCAACCUGUGUGUCUAAAUACGUUCUUCCUCAUUGUCGGCUACGAUUGGACUGAAUUCGAUGCGACACUGAUGCCGCACAUCUUGAAUCACAUCCCGGCAGGGGCGAGCAUUCAUCAGUUGACUCACUUCGCGCAGCUGAUAAGUAAAGGAGACUUUCGGCAAAUAGAUAGUGGUCCAAAGUACGAUUUGCAAAAAAUCAGCAGCAAGAUAUUUUUGUACCACAGCAAAAACGAUUGGAUAUCUAGCGUAUCGGACGUGGAGAAAUUAUCCGCUAAUCUACCGAAUCUUCAGCAAAGAUUCCUCGUGUCUUACGAUCAUUUCAAUCACAUUGACUUUCUGUGGUCGAAACACGUGAAGGAACUACUUUACGACAAAGUCAUGAAAGAUAUGUCACAGUUUGUAAGCGGAUAGUACAAAAAAAAAAAAUUGUAAAUAAUCUUUAUACAUUUGGUGUGCGUGAUUUAUAUACGGAUCUUAACCCUUCGCGUGUGUGUAUAUGUUGUACGUGUGUAUGAGCAACGUCGAGCAACACUUUUCUAAUUCAAUAAUUACUGCCAUAUUUCACUCUAUACUAUAUGCGCUCUCGCAUGUGCUCGCUUGUGUAUAUACGAUGCACUGCACUUGAGCGAUAUAGUCGGCUACUCGAAAUGAAAAAAAAAAAAAAAAUAAAUAUAUAAC